AUGAUUACUAAUGAUAAAUCUAACCUUAAAUCAAAAAAAGAGGGGAAGAAGAAUUUAGAAGAUAUAGAAAAAAUCGAAGAUCUUAUUAAUGAAAGCAGUUUUAGUUUGCAAAGUAAUAUAACUAUUCAAUCAACAGCAGAAGAAGGUUAUGCAAUUUCACAAGUUUAUCUUGCUAAAUGUUAUUAUAAUGGAUAUGGAAUCAAAUGUGAUAAAAAACUGUCAUUUAAAUGGUAUCAGAAAUCUGUAGAAAAUGGAAGUAUAAUAGGAAAAUUUUAUCUAGGACAUUGCUAUGAAUAUGGUAUCGGUACUCAACAAAAUGAAAAGAAAGCAGUUUAUUGGUAUUACAAAUCAGCUAUUAAUGGAAAUAUUAUUGCAAAACUUCACUUAGCAGAAUGCUUAAAAUUAGGAAAAGGAAUUGAAAAAAAUGAGAAACAAGCCUUUAAGUAUUAUAAAAUUUUGGCAGAAAAGGAAAUUUCUGAUGCACAAUAUCAAUUAGGAAAUUGUUUUUAUAAUGGAAUUGGAACAAGUAUAGAUAAAAAUAAAGCUGUAUAUUGGUAUAAAAAUGCUGCAAAGAAUG